AUGGCUGCGUCCAUGGUGUGUCGGCCAACUGAGGAACAACCUCAAUGGGGUGGCUUUGUUGCUGCUCGCUUUUAUAAACCACGAAACAGAGCGAUGACACAUGCUAAUCUGAUGAACAACUACUUUAACCCCAAUUCGGUGUACACAGAAGAGGAUUUUAGACGUCACUUCCGGAUGAGGCGUCAUAUCUUCGAGCGUUUACUUCGUGAUUUUCACCAGGUCAAUCUAUACUUUCGACAUAAGUGGGACAGAGCAAGCCGCCCUGGUUUCUCACCUCAUCAAAAGGUUACUAUUGCACUCCAAAUGAUGGCCUAUGGCUCCCUAGCUGAUUCGAUGAAUGAAGCCCAUGACAUGUCUAAGUCUACAUACCUUGAUACUCUUGAACAAUUAUGCGACACAAUUGUUCAAGUGUACAAAGACGAGUACCUCCGCGAGCCAAAUCAAGAAUAUCUUAAUCGGCUCUUUCGCAAAGUUGAAGACCGUGGGUUUCCAGCAAGAUUCAGAACCUCUGCUCAGGAGAGGAUCCAAAUCCCUCCCCACCCACCCCUCCCGCAAGCUUAG